GCCAGAGCAAGGCCAGCGGAGCGGCCAACGGAGCGGCCAGUGGAGCGGCCAGCCGAGCGGCCAGUGGAGCGGCCAGUGGAGCGGCCAGCGGAGCGGCCAGCUGAGGAGCGGCCGGAGCAACAGCGUCCAGAGGUGCCAGAGCAGCUGGUGGGACCUGCAG